GACACGCCCCCUGACCAAUCACCACAAGCGACGCGUUACGAAGGGCGGGGUUACGCUCACAGCUGUCGCGCAGGAGUGGUUGCCAUGGUGGACAAGUGUCUCUAGCGAUGUCGGUUUAAGCACAUUGAACUUCAGUUUUCUUUUAUCACGAACUUAACAUCAUGGCAGAGACGGUCGAUGGCAAGAAGGACGAGGCAGACUACAAGAGACUACACAGCUUUCCUCUCAUACGGCACACAGAUAUGUCUGAGGAGAUGCGAGUGGAGACCAUGGAGCUCUGCGUUACGGCGUGCGAGAAGUUCGCCACUAAUAACGAGAGCGCCGCCAAAAUGAUAAAGGAGUCCAUGGAUAAGAAGUUUGGGAGCUCUUGGCACGUGGUGAUUGGAGAGGGCUUCGGUUUCGAAAUCACGCACGAAGUGAAGAACCUGCUUUACAUGUUCUUCGGCGGAGGUUUGGCGGUGUGCGUAUGGAAGUGUUCCUAACACUAAACCGCUUUCACGUGCUUUCCGACUUUAUAUUUAUGACUGAACAGGGUGCAUAAUUUCACACGGUUUAUUUUGAAUGUAGCAUUUUAUGUUUUCUUCUCAGUUUUAACCAUUCUCUCAAAGCUGGCGGGCCAUCUGUUGGUUUUAUCGUCUAUCUCUACCACUCUUUCUCCAUCUGUCUCUCGUUUCUGUCUUCUAUCCGUCCAUCCUCCGUCGCUCAUGCUCAUUUCCAUUCCUUUCAUGUUUUCUGAAGGACAAAGUAUUUUUAUAAGACAAAUCCUAUUUUUUAAAUGAUAUGUGAAUACAUUCGAUCUGUUUUUAAGACUUCAGAUAUUUUAUAGGAGUUGUACAUUUUGCACAGAUGUAACGUGUAUCCGUUUUAUUAAUAACUAUUGUUAUUGUCUUGUGUAAUAAAACCUCAUUAGAAAUUAAA